GCAUGCUCAACCAUCAGACAGCAGGAAGGAGUUGACAAGGGUCACCAAAAGAUCUGAAGAAAUCCUCUUGCCUAGACGAUCACCAUCCAUCACUGGAGCUGAAAAAAUAAAUUGAAGAUAUUGUGGUGCUCUUUGGUGGCCUGACACCCAUGAGAAAAAAGACCCACCAGGUCUAAUCUGCAAAGGAUUUAAUAACUAAACCAUUUUUAAAAAAAAAAGCUAAAAUGAAGGCAUUCAGCAUUGCAGUUGCAGUGACACUCGUGCUCGCCUUUAUUUGCAUUCUGGAGAGCUCUGCCGUCCCAUUCACCGGGGUGCAAGAGCUGGAGGAGGCAGGGAGCAAUGACACUCCAGUUGCGGCACAUCAAGAAACGUCAAAGGAAUGGAUGCCAAAUUUCAGACAGAAGCGCCAGAGCCACAUCUCCUUGUGCCGCUACUGCUGCAACUGCUGCAAGAACAAAGGCUGCGGUUACUGCUGCAGGUUCUGAGGAUUCCCAGCGACAGCCAACAAAUAUUAAUUUAUUAUGCUUUUUAUCUUACCCCAGGAAAUGACCUUUUCUUGACUUUUUUUUCCCUCCAAUGCAUUGCCUGUGCCACACUGUUUUGUAUCGUUUUCAUGAGGUAUGAUUCAUGGAAGAGCACUGGAAAAAGAAAUGAAGCUAUUCUUUGUAUUUAUUUUGCAUGUUUUCAUACUUCCGCCCUCUUUUUUGUAAACGCAACACUAUGUAAAUUUGUUUCUAGAAAUACAGAUGUGACUGUUUCUUUAACUAAAUCAGAUUCAUUGUUGAUGCUGAAUAAAUAAUAAACAUUCAAAGCAAAUGAAA